AUGAUAGACAUCUGCCGAGGAUCUCAAGGCGGCCUCCGAAAAGUGCGGCCUCCAACAGGCGUCUGGACAGGGCGAUGGAUCGCGGCGCAGCACCAGAUGUACCCGUUCAGCGAAUCGCCCCAACCACGUGCAAAAGCAAGCCCAGGCCAGGACACUGCAACUAUCAGGGCAUUCGGAGAAGCUAUGCAGUGGCAGCAAGCGCUGUCGGUACUACGGGUCAUGGUUCUGACAAAGAUGGAUGUCAACGUCUUCAGCUACAGCGCCGGAAUCAGCGCGUGCCAGAAGGGCAAACAGUGGCAGCGGGCUCUGGCGCUGCUCAGCGAGAUGUGUGAGGCGACCGUAGAGCCCAAUAUCUUCAGUUACAACGCUGGAAUCAGCGCGUGCGAGAAGGGCAAGCAGUGGCAGCGGGCUCUGGCGAUGCUCAGCGAGAUGUGUGAUGCGACCGUGGAGCCCGAUAUCUUCAGCUACAGCGCUGGAAUCAGCGCGUGCGAGAAGGGCAAGCAGUGGCAGCUGGCUCUUGGGCUGCUCAGCGAGAUGUGUGAUGCGACUGUGGAGCCCAGCGUCAUCUUCAGCUACAGUGCUGGGAGCAGCGCGUGCGAGAAGGGCAAGCAGUGGCAGCGGGCUCUGGCGACUCUGAGCGAGAUGCGGGAGGCGAAGGUGUCGCCCGACGUCAUCAGCUACAGUGCUGGGAUCAGUGCGUGCGAGAAAGGCGAGCAGUGGCAUCUGGCUCUUGGGCUGCUCAGCGAGAUGUGCGAGGCGACUAUGGAGCCCAAUGUCAUCAGCUGCAAUGCUGGGAUCAGCGCGUGCGAGAAGGGCAAGCAGUGGCAGCGGGCUCUGGCGAUGCUGAGCGAGAUGCGGGAGGCGAAGGUGUCGCCCGACGUCAUCAGCUACAGUCGCCGGGAUCAGCGCGUGCGGGACAGGCGAGCAGUGGCAGCGGGCGCUGGCGCUGUUGAGCGAGAUGCGGGAGGCGAAGCUGGAGCCCAACUUCUGUCAGCUACAGCGCCGGAAUCAGCGCGUGCGAGAAGGGCAAGCAGUGGCAGCAGGCUCUGUGGCUACUCUGUGAGGCGAGGCAAGGAAAGGUGA